AGGAGCGGAGCAGCCCCGGCUGCGCCCCGAUCGCCGCUUCCCGGCGAGGCGUGCGGGACCGCGGGGCCGUGCCGUGCCGAGCCGAGCCGUGCCCGCAGCCCCGGCCCCGCCGGACCGCCAAACACCUGUUUAAUUUGCCGGCGGGGAGAGCGGAGCGGCGGGGCUUGGCGGCGUCGCGUUCGGAGGGUGAUGAUGCUCCAGUAAUUUUCCCUGCUCCGUUCCCAGGCACCGCUUUGCUUUCCUUCCAGGGAAGAUUGUUCCGCUUGUGAUCCCGCUGAGGAAAGAGACUCCGAUGGACUUACACCGGGCAGCGUUCAAGAUGGAGAACUCACCCUACCUCCCCAACCCGCUGGCCUCCCCAGCACUGAUGGUUCUCGCCUCCACCGCUGAAGCCAGCCGUGAUGCUUCCAUUCCCUGCCAGCAGCCGAGGCCUUUUGGGGUCCCCGUGUCAGCAGAUAAGGACGUGCAUAUUCCCUUUACCAAUGGCUCGUACACUUUUGCCUCCAUGUAUCACCGGCAAGGCGGGGUGCCGGGAGCAUUUGCAAACCGUGACUUUCCUCCGUCCCUGCUUCACCUCCACCCCCAGUUUGCGCCCCCCAACCUGGACUGCACCCCAAUCAGUAUGUUGAACCACAGCGGCGUCGGGGCUUUCCGCCCCUUUGCAUCUACUGAAGACCGGGAGAGCUACCAGUCAGCCUUUACGCCGGCCAAGCGCCUGAAAAACUGCCAUGACACUGACUCACCCCAUCUGCGCUUCUCGGACGCUGAUGGGAAGGAGUACGAGUUUGGCACGCAGCUCCCCUCCAGCUCCCCCGGCUCCCUCAAAGUUGAUGAUACGGGGAAGAAGAUCUUUGCCGUUUCUGGCCUCAUUUCUGACCGGGAGACCUCAUCCAGUCCCGAAGACCGAAGUGACAGAUAUAGAAGCGACAACCAAAGAGGGCCCCAGGCGUCUGCAACUGCCACUCAUCGUAUGAUUUUAACUCUCCCCCUCUGCAAAAAGAAAGCGACUUUGUUUGACAGCCAGGCUCCGAUCUGCCCCAUCUGCCAGGUCCUCCUUCGUCCCGGGGAGUUGCAGGAGCACAUGGAGCAGGAGCUGGAGAAGCUCACCCAGCUGAACAUCAGCAAGAGCUCCAUCCUGAAGGAUGCCAUGGCAGCAGGCACCCCUAAGUCAAUUUUGUUGUCGGCCUCAAUCAAGCGGGAAGGAGAUUCUCCGACAGCAUCACCCCACUCCUCAGAUGACAUCCAUCACUCGGACAGAUACCAGACCUUCCUGCGGGUGCGAGCGAACCGGCAGACCCGGCUGAACGCUCGGAUUGGAAAAAUGAAACGGAGGAAGCAAGACGAAGGGCAGGUAUGUCCCCUCUGCAGCCGACCUCUGUCAGGAUCCGAGGAGGAGAUGAGUAGGCAUGUGGAACAAUGCCUUGCAAAGAGAGAAGGUUCAUGCAUGACUGAGGAUGACUCUGUGGACAUCGAGAACGAGAACGGCAACCGCUUUGAAGAGUACGAAUGGUGUGGGCAGAAGAGGAUACGGGCUACUACUCUCCUGGAGGGAGGAUUUCGAGGUUCUGGGUUUAUCAUGUGUAGCGGCAAGGAGAAUCCAGACAGUGAUGCUGACCUGGAUGUGGAUGGCGACGACACACUUGAAUACGGGAAACCACAGUACACAGAGGCAGACGUUAUUCCUUGCACUGGGGAAGAGCCAGGUGAAGCCAAAGAGAGGGAAGCGCUCCGAGGUGCUGUUUUAAAUGGUGGCACACCCAGUACUCGAAUAACACCGGAGUUUUCUAAAUGGGCCAGCGACGAAAUGCCCUCAACGAGUAACGGUGAAAGCAGUAAACAGGAGACCAUGCAGAAGACCUGUAAGAACAGUGACAUUGAAAAAAUUACAGAAGACUCUGCAGUGACAACAUUUGAAGCGUUAAAGGCUCGUGUCCGUGAGUUAGAAAGGCAGCUUUCCCGUGGGGACCGCUAUAAAUGUCUCAUUUGCAUGGACUCCUACACAAUGCCCCUGACUUCCAUUCAGUGCUGGCAUGUGCACUGUGAAGAAUGCUGGCUGCGGACUCUGGGUGCCAAGAAGCUCUGUCCCCAGUGUAACACCAUCACGUCUCCCGGAGACCUUCGGCGCAUCUACUUAUGAAGGACCCAGCGGGAGGGCGGGACCCAGCUACUCGGCUCAGCUUAUCACACCAAGGGGGAGAAGAACGACAGCAACAAAAAAAAAAAAAAAGACGUUUUAAAAUUUAAAGAAAAAAAACAAACCAGAGACUCCAGACAUGGACUCGAGGAUACAGGAGCAGUGGGGAGCCUUGGCUCCCAGGUCCCGCGUGUUGAGACCUCCUUCAGCAUCUGCAGCGGGCAAAACCAAACCCUUUGUUGUGAAGCCCCCUUUUUUAAAACCAGUAUUCCCCAUCCACCCGUUCCCUGGAGCUGGCUUUGCAUCGCGGAUGGCUCGUGAGCCAUCUUUUGGACUGUGUUGUUGACCACUCUGCUCCCAGGAGACUGGGGAAGGGACCCUUGACAGAAAGAUGUUAAAUAACCUGUAACUUGUGUUUUGUUCAGUUAUUUGGUUUUUUAUUUGUUUUGGUUUGGUUUGUUUUUUGGUUUGAUUCUGUUUUGGUUUUUUGUGGUGUUCUAGUGAUAAAAAAAAAGGUUUAAAGAAAAAAAAAACACACCCAGGCAGAAAUGAAGCACAUGUAAUAUAGAUUAUAUAUGUUUACAAUGUUGUGUAUAAAUGGGAUAGACUCAAACAUUACAUACUAAUAAGUUUCCCUUUCUUUUUUUUGGGUUGUAUUUUUUUUAAAGAAGAAAAAAAAAUGAGCAGAGAACAUUAAACCCAUAUUUUUCUUGGUUCAGCAAAGUUUUGGCAUUAAAGUCAUUAGUUUAAAAAAAGUAUAUAUAUACAUAUAUAUAAUAUAAAUGGUUUAAUGUUCUGUGGUGUAUAUUUCCUCAUUCAGAUAUGAAGUUAACAGCUUUUAGUAAUGGCUGUAGCAUUGCCCAUAACUUACAGAACUUAUGGGGAGUAGAGGAGGUGGAUUUUUGUCAUUAGUUGUAGCUAAUGGGGCUAUUUAUAAUAGAAUCGUUAUCCCCGGAAAGACACGGCUUUUAACUCCUCGCCGGGAGACCGGGCAGGGUGGGGGGAUCUGGCUCAGCCCCCUUUGCCUUUCCCAGCUGGGGAAGGGGCGAACGGUGCGGAGCUGGAGGGAGGCAGCGUGCCAGAGCGCUGCCCUCUGCCCCAGCCAGGACUGCCUGCUCGAGGGUCCGGCUGACCCCCCUCUGCCUCUCCCAAGGCCGUAGCCCCUUCCCACGCCCCUGCCUUGCUUUGCCUUCCUCCCCUGCGAGCAGCGUUUGCUGGCCGAGGAUGCCCAAGCUGUGCCUGGUGCCCGCUAACAAGGCAGGAUGACGGGGAAGCGGCGGGCACGGGAUGGGACAGUCCUGCGGGUGGCUUUGCCCAGAGAGGCUGGGCCGGUUCCCUCGCCGCGCUGCCCGGCAGAGAUGCAGGAGCCCUGCAGAGCCAGCCCUGCCCCGCACUGGCUUCCCCCAGCUCCCACGCCUCUGGAGCCUGCGUUUUGCAAAAGAGGUUUUGGCACUAUGGUGGAGAGCCAAACCAGCCCUGUCUCAUCCCCAUGGCCACCCCCAGGGCUUGCAGAGAUGCUUCCAGCCAGAGCCGGAGGUUCUUCCCAGCCCCAGCUUCUUCCACGUCAUCCCCUAUGCUUGUCCCUGUCUCCUGUAUCCUCAGCCUUAACCAAAGCUGCCAUCUGGCCUCGUUUUUUUUUUUUGUUGUGUUUUCUUUUAUUUUCAGGACCUGAGAAACAGAUACUGAUCCAUUUCCCAAGGCGAACUUCUCGCAGUCCCAUGCCGUGCAGCCCUGCCCCGGCUCCCCGGGCAGCCGCGGGGUGCCAGCUCCCCCGAAGCCAGAAGACGGGGAGAUGGGGAAGUUCAUCUCCCCCUGCUCCUGCGGAGAGCACAACGUGACUGGGGCAUUUUAAGUGGAUGAGGGGUUUGGAGCUGGGUCCCCAGCACCGCUGGGCUGCUGGGGCCUUUCCAGAAAGGGAAGGGCUGGGGAGGCAGGAUGCCUGGGAGGGGGGACAGUCCCAUCACCGUGUCUUUGCCCUGAGCUUGAUGCUGUUUUGCAGAGAGCAGCUGCUGUCCCUGGCAUCUCUCGAGUGAUUUCAGAAGGAUCCCGCUGCACCCAAAAAAAAAAAAAAAAACCAAAUUGAAGGAGCUGUAUUCUAUAGGUAUCUUGGCAAAAGGUGACAAUUCCCAAUUGAGAGUUUCCUGGGUGUCCAAGCUCAUAGCAGCGUGGUGGCCUCUGAGACCAGAGAGCUGCAGCCCCCCAUGCUCAGGGGCGCAUCCUUGCAGAGCUCGGGGGACCAGAGGAAGCCAAGGCACCCCGGGAGGGCUCUGCCUCCCCAGGGAGGCUGCGGGCAGGGGAAGGAGCGCAGCGGUGGGCUGUCCCUGCUGGGUAACCCUCCGGCCAGCAGCACUCGGGCAGGGGAAGGGUGGGCACACAGAACUUGGGUCUGGGUGUGUAAAGGGGGAAAAAUUGGGGCGGGGGGAAGGGGUAUGGCUGGGCUGUGAGUGCCACCCAGCCAGGGCUGCGCUGCCUGGGUGCUGGCGCUGGGGUCUCAGAGAUGGGUUUGGAGAGGGUGCAGUGGGUGGGUUUGGGAGGCAGCCGGGAAGGGGGAGAGGACAGGAUACCCCACCCCAGCCUUUACUUGGAAACAGGAGGGAGCCAGGUUUUCGGGCGGGUGUUGUGGACCAGCCGUGUGCUCUAUGUACGUAUGUGUAAAACCAUAUGUAACUAGUCAUUGGUUCUUUGGUUUGGGGUUUAUUUUUUGAUUAUUUUUUUUUUAAUUGUAAAGCCAUCCCCUGUUUUUAAGGGGGAGGAGGCUGCAGGGGGAAGGCUGGGGAGAGAGGCAUCCCAGUUUGUAACAUGCAUCUGCUGCUUCCCCUCUUCUAUAAUGAGUUUAAAUGAUUUUUAAAAAAAAAAAAAUUGAAAUAUCGGAGUUACCUAUCUUCGCCCAAAGAAUCCCAGUUGCACAAAGCGAUAUUCCGGUGUGUCGAUGAUUGUGUGUCAGUGUAUAUUAUACAAAGAGGUACUUGUCACUCCCGUUUGUAAACUACAUUUGACAUUAAUUAAACAAGUAUAAAUCUU